UGAUAAUAUGAAAUUAAAACAUUAGAAUUAAAAUUGAAAUGAAAAAAAAUAUUUAGUUCAAUUUUUUAAAUUAUUUUUUACUAAUUCAACUAAUUCCAAUUCAAAUACUUCAAUUUUAUUACUGCCAAACAUAACCUAAAAUGAUUCAUAAUUUCAUUCUUUAAAUUAAUCAACAAUUUUGAUUAUUUUUAACACUUGUUAAUCUAGUAAUCUUUUUUUUAAAAAAAAGAAAAAGAAAAAUUGUCCCUAGAAACUCCGGCAAACAGACCAUCUUAAAUAAAAUUUAAUUUUUGAAAACAAAAAUCUUAAAUAAAUUGUUAAACUUGUAAAUACUUAAUAGAAAAUUAGAUUAAUUUUAAUUUUAAUUUUUUAAUUUUAUUUUUUAAUUUUUUAUUUUUAGCUUUUAGCUUUAUAGUAGAAAGUUAGAUCACCUGUCCAAAUAAGAAAAUUAGACCCAAAAUGGGAUUCAUAAAAUCAUCAGAUAAAAUUUGGAUUUCUAGAUUUCCCGCUUGUUUUUUUAAUCGCCGUUUCAUUUCAAAUUCUGUGUCUGCGCACACACACAUCAUCUCUCCCUCUCUCCCCUCUCCCUCUCUCUCUACAUGGCUCCACGCUUCGUCUUCCCCCAAAACCUCCAAGCCCUCGAGGAAGACUACGACGAUGGACGUCUCUCCGCUCAAAACCCCACCACCAUCUCCUCACUCCGCUCUUCGGAACUCGAAGAAUUCGUGAAAGGUGUAACAUUUGAUCUCUCCGACAAAGAGCUCUUCUGUAUCGAAGACCCGGAUUUGUUCGGUCGCGUGUACUCGCUGAUUAAGGGUUUCACUAGUCUCACCCCAGCUUCUAAAUUCAAUCUCGUUGAGAGUCUUCGCUCCAAUCUCAGCGUUCUGCUCCCAAAUGUCGAUUCACUCUCAAGAGCCUCUCAGGCUCAGGACGAUGAUGAGGUUCCGGCACUCGAUCGGGUUAAUUCGCAUCGAAAUGCAUUCAAAAUUUACACCUUUUUCCUCAUCCACAUUGUCCUUGCUGAGGAGAGCAACGUUAAUUCCAACAACAAUUCCAAGGUAGCAGCAAGCACUCGGAAGAAACAGCUUAUAAAUUCAUGGAAUUGGGAAUCUCAGAGGGGCAGAAUACUAAAUUUAAUUGCUAAUUCUCUAGAGAUCAACCUUCCGUUGCUCUUCGGCUCUUCGGAUCCAGAUGAAAAUUAUUUGUCUUUCAUCGUCAAAAAUGCAUUCUCUAUGUGUGAGAGUGUGACACUGUUAAAAGAUUCAGACACAAAAACUGCUUUGUGUCGUAUAAUUGGGACUUGCGCCACCAAAUAUCACUACACGGCACAAUCAUGUGCUACAAUUCUCCACCUGAUUCACAAAUAUGAUUUUGUUAUCAGCCACUUGGCUGAUGCGGUUGUUGGGGCUGAGAAAAAAUAUGCUGAUGGAAGUCUGGCCAUCUCCCUUAUAAGAGAGAUUGGGAGGACCAACCCAAAAGCCUAUGUCAAAGACACUGUUGGGGCUGAAAAUAUUGGACGAUUUCUUGUGGAUCUUGCUGACAAGUUGCCCAAGUUGGUUUCAACCAACAUUGGUGUAUUGGUUCCACACUUUGGUGGAGAGUCGUAUAAAAUAAGAAAUGCUCUUGUUGGUGUGUUGGGAAAGUUGGUUGCGAAGGCGUUCAAGGAUGUUGAGGGUGAAGUAAGUUCAAAAUCUGUUCGUCUUAGAACGAAGCAGGCCAUGUUGGAAAUCUUGCUAGAACGCUGCCGAGAUGUUUCAGCUUAUACCAGGAGCCGGGUUCUCCAGGUUUGGGCUGAACUAUGUGAAGAACAUUCUGUUUCAAUUGGUUUAUGGAAUGAGGUAGCAGCAAUUGCACCUGGCCGGUUGGAGGAUAAGAGUGCCAUUGUCAGAAAAUCUGCACUCAAUUUACUUAUCAUGAUGUUGCAGCAUAACCCCUUUGGUCCACAACUUCGGAGGGCUUCAUUUGAAGCAACUUUAGAGCAGUACAAGAAGAAGUUAAAUGAGCUUGGAACAAAUGUCACAUCAAAGUUGGAUGGGUUACCACUGGAUAACGAUGCCUGCAAUGGAGAUGGUGAGGUUGAUGAUGUAAAUACUGAAGGGACGUUCAGGGAACAGCAAGAUAGUUUAACUGAUAGCUGCAUGCCUCAUGUAGAAGAUGGAAUUGGUCAAAAGGAUAGUUCUGUUCCAGAUGUUGGGAAUUUGGAGCAGACCAGAACCUUGGUUGCGUCACUUGAGGCAGGCUUGAGAUUUUCUAAUUGUGUAUCUGCAACAAUGCCAACCCUUGUUCAAUUGAUGGCUUCUUCUUCUGCCACUGAUGUCGAGAACACAAUUCUAUUGCUAAUGAGAUGCAAACAGUUCCAAAUUGAUGGAUCAGAAGACUGCCUCCGUAAGAUGUUGCCACUGGCAUUUUCCCAGGACAAAUCCAUUUAUGAAGCUGUGGAGAAUGCAUUCAUUACGAUAUAUAUAAGGAAGCACGCAGUAGAGACUGCUAAAAAUCUUUUGAAUCUCGCCAUAGAUUCAAAUAUUGGAGAUCUUGCAGCUUUGGAGUUUAUGGUUGGUGCGUUGGUUUCCAAAGGGGAUAUAACAGCUAGCAUGAUAUCAGCAUUAUGGGAUUUUUUUUGUUUUAAUGUUAGUGGAACCACUGCAGAGCAAAGUCGAGGUGCAUUAUCUGUCUUGUGCAUGGCGGCAAAAACAACCACUGGGGUUCUCAGUUCUCACUUACAGGACAUUAUUGAUAUUGGGUUUGGUCGUUGGGCGAAGGUGGAUCCUUUGCUUGCUAGGACAGCAUGCAUUGCUCUUCAGAGGUUGUCUGAAGAGGACAAGAAAAAACUGUUGUCUAAUAAUGGUAGCCGAGUAUUUGGUAUUUUAGAAACUUUAAUCACUGGGUUCUGGCUUCCAGAAAACAUUUGGUAUGCUGCUGCUGAUAGAGCAAUCGGUGCUGUAUAUACAAUUCAUCCAACUCCUGAAACCUUUGCAGCUAACCUGGUUAAAAGAUCUUUUAGUUCCGUAUUUAAUAGUCAUGGAGGAGACGAGUUGCAAAAUGACAUUGAAAGUGGUAGCUCCAACAUCCUUACUACAGUUCAAGUAACAAAACUUAGUAGAUAUUUAUUUGUUGUAAGCCAUGUUGCUAUGAACCAGUUGGUAUAUAUUGAUUCCUGUGUUCGGAAGAUCCAAAAGGAGAAAGCAAAGAAAGAGAAAAUGAUUGCUGAGGACCAAAGUGUUCAUAAUAAUGGCACUACACCUCCUGAUGCACCAAAGGAUAAUGGUAUCAAUGCAGAGCUAGGUCUUGCUGGUUCUGAUGAUGCAAUACUUGAUACCCUCUCUGAAAGAGCAGAGAAAGAAAUUGUUUCUGGUGGUUCUACAAAGAAGAACUUGAUUGGGAAUUGUGCAUCUUUCCUAACAAAACUUUGUAGAAAUUUUGGUUUAAUGCAGAAGCACCCUGAACUGCAGGCGUCUGGAAUGCUUGCUUUAUGUCGAUUUAUGAUUGUUGAUGCAGAUUUCUGUGAUGCAAAUCUCCAGCUUCUCUUCACUGUCGUGGAGAGUGCGCCAUCUGAAACUGUUCGUUCCAAUUGCACUAUAGCCAUUGGUGAUUUAGCGGUUCGCUUUCCUAAUCUAUUAGAACCAUGGACGGAGAACAUUUAUGCACGGUUACGGGAUCCUUCAGUUUCUGUCAGGAAAAAUGCUGUAUUGGUUCUUUCUCACCUCAUUUUGAAUGACAUGAUGAAGGUGAAAGGCUUUAUAAAUGAAAUGGCUGUUCGGAUAGAAGAUGAUGAUGAAAGGAUUUCAAAUCUAGUGAAACUUUUCUUUAAUGAACUUUCGAAAAAAGGGAGCAACCCUAUAUAUAAUUUACUUCCUGAUAUUCUGGGCAAAUUAUCCAACCAGAACUUGAAAAGAGAGUCUUUCUGCAACGUAAUGCAAUUUUUAAUUGGUUCCAUCAAGAAGGACAAGCAAAUGGAAGCUCUUGUUGAGAAGCUUUGCAAUAGAUUUAGUGGAGUAACAGAUAUUAGGCAAUGGGAAUAUAUCUCUUAUUGCCUCUCUCAGCUGGCAUUUACUGAGAAAGGCAUGAAAAAGCUGAUUGAAUCAUUUAAGAUGUAUGAACAUGUCUUAUCCGAGGAUUCUGUUAUGGAUCAUUUCAGAAGUAUAAUUAACAAAGGAAAGAAGUUUGCCAAAGCAGAACUCAAAUCAUGCAUUGAAGAGUUUGAGGAGAAGAUUAGUAAGUUCCACAUCGAAAAAAAGGAGCAAGAACUUACUGCCAAAAAUGCCCAAGUUCAUCAACAAAAAGUUGGUAGCUUGGAAAGAGAGGAAACUGCAGUCUCUGAAAUUUCUGAAGAUAACGAGGAUGAUCUAUCAACAGAAGGGACGAGACUGACUCCACACGAUGAAUCAAAAUCCAAAUCUGUUGGGUCAGAAGAAUAUUCUCAUGCUUCCAGUGAGGUGACGGAAUCGGAACAAGGUGACAAUGAAGUUCAAUCAUCUCAAGUUUAUUCAAGAGGCGCUUCUAAAUGUAGAGCUAAGAAUAGCAGCAUAAAAGAUCGAGUUGAUACUACUAUCUCUGCUAGAAGAAGUACCAGGUCAAAGAAAAGGUAGAAAGAGGAUAAAGUAUUCAGACUCUGGUUCCUUUUUUGUCUGUGGAAGUGAAGAAAAAGCAUUCCUUGUAAUGGAGGUGCAUGUGAUAUGUUUGACGUAAUGUCGAACCCUAGUCUAAAUGAAAAAUCUCAUCCUCAAUAUUGCUAUUUUUUUAUAUUUGUAAUUUAUGGCUUGUAAUAAUAUUUCACGAGUUCCUCAACUUGACUUUCAUUUUUGUAGGUGGGGGAGAUCGUAGCAUAAGAAGCUUAAAAUCAAACUGAACUUGGUUAUGAUAUAUAUAGAGUUGAUGAGUCCCCUGGUUGUAGUGACUGUGGCAUGAAAUGUACUGAUAGAUAUAUCAUCUUCAAUGUUCCACAGCAUUAUUGUAGAAUUUAUUAAACACCAGCUCUGAAAGGAAACAUAUGAUAAUUUUUUCAUGUCUGCUAUCAAAGACAAUAAUUUAUAUCAAGCCAUAUG